UACGUUUCCGACGAUGACGUCACGAGGUUAACGUUUGAGGAACAGUUUCAAAACCGAAAACAGCGGAUAACUCGAGAAACAACUCCCCAAAAAACCCCGGAGACGACGAGACACCAACGCAUUCAACCCGAUCCGCCGACCGGAACACCGGGGACAGCGGACGACCUCCGGUUUCCGGCUCGUAUUCUAGAGGAAGCUAACGUUAAGUAGCCCGGGGAGCUAACUAGCUAGUGAGCUAGCAACAGAAGCUCAACAUCUGUUGUUAUGGAGAACAAAUAUAACCUCAAGAGUCCAGCGGUGAAGAGGCUGAUGAAAGAGGCCGCGGAGCUGAGGGAUCCCACACAGCACUACCACGCCCAGCCACUGGAAGACAACCUCUUCGAGUGGCACUUCUCCGUCCGCGGGCCCCCGGACUCUGAUUUCGACGGCGGGGUUUACCACGGCAGGAUCGUGCUUCCCCCGGAGUACCCCAUGAAGCCCCCCAGCAUCAUCCUCCUCACGCCGAACGGAAGAUUCGAAGUUGGCAAGAAGAUUUGCCUGAGCAUCUCCGGCCACCAUCCGGAGACCUGGCAGCCCUCUUGGAGCAUCCGAACCGCCCUGAUAGCGAUAAUCGGAUUCAUGCCGACAAAAGGAGAGGGAGCGAUCGGAUCCCUCGACUACACCCCAGAGGAGAGGAGGGCCCUCGCCAAAAAGUCCCAGGACUUCAGCUGUGAGGCGUGUGGAUGCUCCAUGCACUCCGCCCUCCUGGCUCUGACCCCCAACAGCAACCCCAGCGCAGAGGACCACAAGGCCAAAGAGCUGGCCCAGCAAAUCAACUUCAAGGCGGAGUCCAGUUUAUCCAGACAGGCGAGCGAGAGCGGAGCUGCUGAGGGCGAACCCCCCACGCCCGCCGAGGGGGCCCUCGCCUCCACGUCUGAAGGGCCUGAACAGGCAGAGGCGUCUCCACCCACGGUGCCGGAGGAGGCCCGGCCCCCCCCGGCGGGCCCGGCCACCGGCCGCCCCCUCAGCCCCCGGCAGCGCCGCGCCCAGCAGCACAGCCAUCAGGCCCCGAGCCGGCCGGUCUUCGCCGCGGCUCCUCGCCAGCCGCGGGACGCCAGCCGCGUGGGCUCGGUGCUCCUCAUCGUGGUGCUCACCUUGGCCCUGGCCGCGCUCAUCUUCCGCAGGGUCUACCUGGCUAACGAGUACAAGUUUGACUACGAGCUGUGACCC